CCAAUGAGCGUUGGAAACGCUUAUGCACCAGCGUCCAGCGCACAUGUAGAGCGACUGUAGAUAGGUACGAGCCCUGCACGGAAUGAGGCGGCGUCGUUGAAACGUGAAUCGAAAACUAAGCUGCCGUGCUCUCUUGCGUCAGCUGUGCGAAAUCAGUCAAGAUUGCACAUGGAUUAUUGACGAAUUUUUUGCGAGAAUCAGUGUUUUUGAGUAGGUUUUGAUCAGUGCGAUUGGACGCCAAAGUCAAAGUUGCUAAAAUGGUGUUAUCUUGUCGAUUUUACAAAGAAAAGUAUCCAGAGGUGGAGGAUGUUGUUAUGGUCAACGUCCGUAGUAUAGCUGAAAUGGGUGCCUAUGUGCAUCUAUUGGAGUAUAAUAACAUUGAAGGCAUGAUCUUGCUUUCUGAAUUGUCCAGGAGACGUAUCCGUUCUAUUAAUAAGUUAAUUAGGGUAGGAAAAACAGAACCAGUUGUUGUCAUUCGUGUUGACAAGGAAAAAGGUUACAUCGAUUUAAGUAAAAGAAGAGUGUCAGCUGAAGACGUUGAAAAGUGUACAGAACGAUAUGCUAAAGCAAAGGCAGUGAACUCUAUUUUGAGACAUGUUGCAGAACUAUUAAACUAUGAAAGUGAUGACCAAUUAGAAGAACUGUAUCAAAAGACAGCAUGGCACUUCGAAGAGAAGUACAAGAAACAAAAAGCAUCUGCUUAUGACUUCUUUAAACAAUCAGUAUUGGAUCCGUCAAUUUUAGCAGAGUGUGAUCUUGAUGAACGCACAAAAGAAGUUUUGUUGAACAAUAUCAAAAGAAAAUUGACUUCCCAAGCUGUUAAAAUAAGAGCAGAUGUUGAAGUAGCUUGCUAUGGAUAUGAAGGCAUUGAUGCUGUAAAAGCAGCACUGAAAGCUGGCUUGGCCUUAUCCACAGAUGAGCUUCCAAUUAAAAUUAAUUUAAUAGCACCUCCACUUUAUGUUAUGACAACUUCAACCCCAGAAAAAACAGAUGGGUUAAAGGCAUUAAGUGAUGCUAUUGAAGUUAUCAAAGAAAAAAUUGUGUCAAUGGGUGGUGUGUUCAAUGUGCAAAUGGCUCCCAAGGUCGUUACAGCCACUGACGAUGCUGAACUGGCCAAACAGAUGGAGCGAGCUGAACUCGAAAAUGCGGAAGUUGCUGGUGACGAUGAUGAGGAAGAGAAUGAAGGCAUGGGUAACUUCAGUGGUGGAGAAGAUAAUGAUGAAAAUGAUGAAAAGGAUAAGGAAUCUGCGGAGGAAGAUUAAACUUGUUAAUACAAAACCAAGCGCAUUUUUGAACAGUAAAUAAAAACCAGUCAAAACAUCAGACUUAAGUUUUCCAUUGCAAAUAUUACAUUUUACAAUGUAUUACAUAAUUUUACAAAUAAAUGAAAACAAAAUAUU